CCCCGCCGCGCGUUCGCUUGCCGCCCGGCAGCACAUGUGUUUCUGUUUUGUGUUGUAGCAUUUGUUCUGGAAGCUUGUAUUUACAUUUUAAGUGUAUCUGGUGAGUGGGCUGGAGACCUCGUCUGGGCUGGGGGAAAAAAGCCCUUCGGUUCUUUCAGUGUCUCCUCUUCCUUUUUCUCUCCGGUUUCUCAUCACUCCACGCAGCGCGACCAUGCCCAGGAAGAAGGCGGCGGCGGCCUGGGAGGAGCCGAGCUCGGGCAACGGCACGGCCCGUGCCGGGCCCAGGAAGCGCGGUGGCCCGGCCGGCAGGAAGCGCGAGCGGCCCGAGCGCUGCAGCAGCAGCAGCGGCGGCGGUAGCAGCGGCGACGAGGACGGCCUGGAGCUCGACGGGGCCCCCGGCGGGGGCAAGCGCGCGGCGCGGCCGGCGGCAGCCAAGGCAGGCGGCGCGGCCGUGGUCAUCACCGAGCCUGAGCACACCAAGGAGCGCGUCAAACUUGAAGGGUCUAAGUGCAAAGGGCAGCUUUUGAUUUUUGGGGCAACCAACUGGGACUUGAUUGGUCGAAAAGAAGUGCCUAAACAACAAGCCGCCUACCGCAACCUCGGUCAGAACUUAUGGGGGCCCCACAGGUACGGGUGCCUUUCGGGGGUCCGGGUACGGACGGUGGUGUCGGGGUCAUGUGCCGCCCACAGUCUCCUCAUCACCACGGAAGGGAAGCUGUGGAGCUGGGGGCGAAAUGAGAAGGGCCAGCUGGGCCAUGGCGACACCAAGAGAGUUGAAGCCCCCAGACUCAUCGAGGGGCUCAGCCAUGAGGUGAUCGUGUCCGCGGCGUGUGGGCGGAACCACACCUUGGCCUUGACGGAAACGGGCUCCGUGUUUGCGUUUGGGGAGAACAAGAUGGGGCAGCUGGGCCUCGGCAACCAGACGGACGCCGUGCCCAGCCCCGCACAGAUAAUGUACAACGGGCAGCCAAUUACCAAAAUGGCCUGUGGGGCUGAAUUCAGUAUGAUAAUGGACUGCAAAGGAAACCUCUAUUCCUUUGGGUGCCCUGAAUAUGGUCAGCUGGGACACAACUCGGAUGGCAAGUUCAUUGCCCGGGCGCAGCGGAUAGAGUACGACUGCGAGCUGGUGCCCCGGCGAGUGGCGAUCUUCAUCGAGAAGACGAAAGACGGCCAGAUCCUGCCGGUCCCGAACGUGGUGGUGCGGGAUGUGGCCUGCGGCGCUAACCACACGCUGGUCCUGGACUCCCAGAAGCGCGUCUUCUCCUGGGGCUUCGGUGGCUACGGCCGGCUGGGCCACGCCGAGCAGAAGGACGAGAUGGUUCCCCGCCUGGUGAAGCUGUUCGACUUCCCUGGACGCGGGGCAUCCCAGAUCUAUGCUGGCUACACCUGCUCCUUUGCCGUCAGCGAAGUGGGUGGUCUGUUUUUCUGGGGGGCCACAAACACGUCCCGGGAGUCCACCAUGUACCCGAAGGCCGUGCAGGAUCUCUGCGGCUGGAGAAUCCGGAGCCUGGCUUGUGGGAAGAGCAGCAUCAUCGUGGCUGCAGACGAGAGCACGAUCAGCUGGGGCCCGUCGCCAACCUUUGGGGAACUGGGCUAUGGGGAUCACAAGCCCAAGUCUUCCACUGCAGCUCAGGAGGUGAAGACGCUCGAUGGCAUCUUCACGGAGCAGGUUGCCAUGGGUUACUCACACUCCUUGGUGAUAGCGAGAGACGAAAGUGAGACGGAGAAGGAGAAGGUCAAGAAACUGCCGGAGUACAACCCCCGGACCCUCUGAUGCUCCCGGAGCCUCUCCAGCUCCACACCUCUCGCGGCAGCUGUCAUUUCCACGUGCACUGGGACGGGAAGUCAAACGAGGAAUUUUCAAAAGCAAAAGUUGACCGAAGGUGCAUUUUUGUUAAGACUCCCUGAGGUUCCGUUUUUAUAAGUGAUUCAACGUCAACUACCUUUCCUGUAUGCUUUCCAAAGUGUUUUUUUUUUUUCCCCUCUUAAUGAUUAAUUAAAAUAUUUGCUCAUA